UACAGAGCAUGUCAACGUCUCUUUGAGUGAUUCCAGUGGCUUAUGGGACUACAGCCCUUGUGUGACGUAUCAUGUUGCAUGAGAUCAUGACAACGUGGAGAGGAAGGAAACCCGAGGUCACCCUGGCUUGUCUCCUCUUAACCACAGCAGGCUGCUUUGCGGACCUAAGUGAAGUCCUGCAGGUGACUGUAGAGCCUCCAUCCACUGUCCAGAAGCUGGGAGGGACCGUGCUCCUGGGCUGUGUGGUAGAGCCCCUGUCAAGGAACAUCACAUGGCGCCUAAACGGGAAGGAGUUGAAUGGCUCGGAUGAUACUCUGGGUAUCCUCAUCACUCACGAGACCCUGGUCAUCACUGCCCUCAGCAACCACACUGUGGGUCGAUACCAGUGUGUGGCCAGGAUGUCUGCUGGAGCUGUGGCCAGCGUGCCUGCAAUGGUGACUCUAGCCAAUCUCCAGGACUUCAAGCUCGAUGUACAGCAUGUGAUUGAAGUAGACGAGGGGAACACGGCUGUCAUCGCCUGUCACCUUCCUGAGAGCCAUCCCAAAGCCCAGGUCCGUUACAGUGUGAAACAAGAAUGGCUGGAGGCCUCCCGAGGUAACUACCUGAUCAUGCCAUCAGGCAAUCUUCAAAUCGUGAAUGCCAGUCAGGAGGAUGAGGGGAUGUACAAGUGUGCUGCCUACAACCCAGUAACCCAGGAAGUAAAGACUUCAGGCUCAAGUGAUCGACUGCGAGUGCGCCGCUCCACUGCUGAGGCUGCUCGUAUCGUCUACCCCCCUGAAGCCCAGACCAUCAUUGUUACCAAAGGCCAGAGUUUGAUCCUGGAGUGUGUGGCCAGUGGGAUCCCACCCCCCAGGGUGACCUGGGCCAAGGAUGGGUCCAGUGUAGCUGGCUACAACAAGACACGCUUCCUGCUGAGCAACCUCCUCAUCGACACCACCAGUGAGGAGGAUUCGGGGACCUACCGAUGCAUGGCGGACAAUGGCGUUGGGGAGCCUGGGGCAGCCGUCAUUCUCUACAACGUCCAGGUGUUUGAACCCCCAGAGGUCACUGUGGCGUUGUCUCAGUUGGUCAUCCCAUGGGGCCAGAGCGCCAAGUUGAUGUGUGAAGUGCAUGGAAACCCGCCGCCUUCUGUCCUGUGGCUGAGGAAUGCUGUGCCCCUCAUCCCUAGCCAGCGUCUGCGGCUGUCCCGGAAGGCCUUACGGGUGGUCAGCGUGGGGCCUGAGGACGAUGGUGUCUACCAGUGCAUGGCCGAGAAUGAAGUUGGGAGCGCUCAGGCUGUGGUCCAGCUGAAGACCAUCAGGCCAGGCAUAACCUUGAAGCCCAGGCAGGAUGCCCAGCUGGACACUGCCACACCUCCCAUGCCACCCGCCAGACCUGGAAGUCCUGAUCAACUGCUGAGGAGCCUUCCGAGAACCCCAACAUCUGAGCAGCCAGAACCUCCACAGUGCAAUAGCAAGAAGGGACAGGUGGCUCCUGCUGAGGCUCCAGUCAUCCUCAGCUCACCCCGCACCUCCAAGACAGACUCCUAUGAGCUAGUAUGGCGGCCCCGACAUGAGGGCGGGAGCCGGUCACCCAUCCUCUACUAUGUAGUGAAGCAUCGCAAGCAGGUCACAAACUCCUCUGAAGACUGGACCAUCACUGGCAUUCCUGCUGGCCAGUAUCGCCUGACCCUCACCAGACUUGACCCUGGGAGCUUGUACGAAGUGGAGAUGUCUGCUUACAACUGUGCAGGUGAAGGCCAGACAGCCAUGGUCACUUUCCGAACAGGACGGCGACCCAAACCUGAAAUCUUGGCCAGCAAAGAGCAACAGAUUCAGAGGGAUGACCCUGGCACCAGUCCCCAGAGCAGCAGCCAGCCAGACCAUGGCCGCCUCUCCCCUCCUGAAGCUCCAGACAGACCUACCAUCUCCAUGGCAUCUGAGACAUCAGUCUACGUGACCUGGAUUCCCCGAGGGAAUGGUGGAUUCCCCAUUCAGUCUUUCCGAGUGGAGUAUAAGAAGCUGAAGAAAGUGGGGGACUGGAUUCUUGCAACCAGUGCCAUUCCACCUUCACUGCUCUCAGUGGAGAUCACCGGCCUGGAGAAGGGCACCUCCUACAAGUUUCGGGUCCGGGCUCUGAACAUGCUGGGGGAGAGUGAGCCCAGUGCGCCCUCACGGCCAUACAUGGUGUCAGGCUACAGUGGCCGUGUGUAUGAAAGGCCUGUUGCCGGCCCUUACAUCACCUUCACUGACGCUGUCAAUGAGACCACCAUCAUGCUCAAAUGGAUGUAUAUCCCAGCAAGUAACAACAAUACUCCCAUCCAUGGCUUUUAUAUCUAUUAUCGACCAACAGACAGUGAUAAUGACAGUGACUACAAGAAAGAUAUGGUGGAAGGAGAUAGAUAUUGGCACUCGAUCAGCCACCUGCAGCCAGAGACCUCCUAUGACAUUAAAAUGCAGUGCUUCAAUGAAGGAGGGGAAAGUGAGUUCAGCAAUGUGAUGAUCUGUGAAACCAAAGCUCGCAAGUUUUCUGGUCAGGCUGGACGGCUCCCACCCCCUACUCUGAUGCCGCCCCAGCCGCCACCUCCUGAAACCAUAGAGCGUCCCAUAGGUACUGGGGCCAUGGUGGCGCGGUCCAGUGACCUGCCAUAUCUGAUUGUCGGGGUCGUCCUGGGCUCUAUCGUCCUCAUCAUCGUCGCCUUCAUCCCCUUCUGCCUGUGGAGGGCCUGGUCUAAGCAGAAACAUACAGCAGAUCUUGGAUUUCCCCGAAGUGCCCUGCUAACCUCCUCUUGCCAGUACACAAUGGUACCACUAGGAGGCCUCCCAGGUCACCGAGCUGGUGGCCAGCCCUACCUCAAUGGCACCAAUGGACGCACCUGUGCCAAUGGGGUACAUGUGACCAGGGGCUGUCCUGCAGCCACCAUGGGCUACCCAGGCAUGAAACCUCAGCAGCACUGCCCCGGAGAGCUCCAGCAGCGGGAUGACAGCAGAAGCCUGCUGAGGCAGACCGUGGUUGGCAAAGGCUAUGAGCCUCAUUGUCACCAGAUUCCCAGGGGUCCUGAGUUCAGCACUGAGGAGGAUUCUUGCUUGUACCCGCUACCCGGCAACUCCACUCACCAGCUGCUGCAGCCCUGCCAGGACCGCUGUCCCCCUGAGCAGCAUAUUGCCACCACUGGACACCCUGCAAAGAAGAGUAUAUCCUCCAGUUCUGGGUUGGAGGCCACGUGGGACCCCCUUUUCCACCCAGGAACCCCAUGUUGCCUGGGUCUGGUACCGGUUGAAGAGGUAGACAGUUCUGAAUCCUGCCAAGUGGGGGGAGACUGGUGUCCCCAGCGCCCCAUGGGGACAUAUGUGGGGCAGGAACUUGGGUUACAGCUUUCCCCCAGUCCACCACUGCAUGUGUCUUUUGAAACUCCACCUCCCACAAUUUAGGGCUGAAUGAAGCUGGUAUCCCAGAAAGACUAUAUUGUUAUUUUAAAGAAGAAGCAGAAAAUGGUAUUUAUUUUUCUAUAAUAGCCAUAUUUAUAUAUUUAUGCACUUGUAAAUAAAUGUAUUUUUUAUAUGUAUAAUUCUGGAGAGACAGAAGGACUCUUACCCAUUGAGGUAGGAGAGGGAAAAACUAAGAAGCUACGAGAGAACAUGAGUCAGCAGGGAGAGGGGAAGGCGGCAGGUGCAUGGAGCAGCUGACCAAAGGAAGAGUCUAACUGUUGGUGAAGGCCACAUGAGAGAUGCCAGAGCCUUGCAUGAUAGGCUGGAGACACACGUGCAGGUUGUGAAUCUGGUCUAGGGGAACCAUUUUCAGAAGAUGCCAUGAAGAUAGACUAAGAUUGUACUCUAAGCAUUAUAAAUACUAUAAGCAUUAACAAACUUUCCAGAAUCAAUAAUCUGUGGCAACAUAUCUCUGUAAAAACAAACAGUGUAACUUCUAAAUAAAUGUUUAGUCUUCAUCUUA